UGCAUUUAUACAUAAAUGCGUCAACAUUUCAGGAAGGAGACUGAUAAGAAACAAUGGCACAUGAACUGAUAAGUUUCGUUUGCACAAAGACAAUGCCAGUCGACAAUAUUUCUCAGCUGAGAAAAGGAGACCACAUCAAGUUCCAUCGCUUGUUAUACACUCACCAUGGAAUUGUAACUAGAGUCUGGGAGGACAAAAAUCAAUUUGAAGUCAUUGGUAUGGGGAUCGCCAUGAAUCAAACUCCAGUUCUAGGAUUAAAAAGAAGUAUUCAAAAAAUAACAAAUUGGAGGAAAAUUGUUCCUGUGAUAUACAAAUACGUGUAUCAAGAGCGAUUAGAUCCCGAAAAUACGAUAGAAAUGAUAGAGUACUUGUUGGAAAAUAGGGAACAGAUACAAUACGACUUAUUUGAGAACAACUGCGAGCAUAUUGCGAGGUUAUGUGCCACAGGAAAACAUGAAAGCCAGCAAGUGAAGAGGUUCGGUGUUGGCGUACUAUGUACUUUGGGAGGUAUCGCUGUUACAGCGGGAAUAACAGCAGGAGCUUUCGUGAUUCAAAAAGUUACACAGUAGAUGUAGCUGGUUAUCUUCCUAAUGUGAACUUCAAAAAAAAAAGAAGGAAAAUUGUAAUCAGAAAUAAUGAAUGACUGUUCACAGGUCUGAAUGUGGUUUUUACCAUUAAACAACGGAUAAUAUAAAUAUAAUUUUAACUUAUCGCCAACUGCCUGGGAUAUAGCAUGUAUUUUAUAUUUAUUGACAUAAUAUUUUUCCUUUGUCAAUUAUAUUCAA